AUGUAAAAGCUCAAUAAAAUCGAAAAGCUUAAUGAAGAAUUCGCAAAAAUUUAGCAGAAAAGAAAUUCAAUUCAACAAGUUGAGAGUUAUUAGUUCGCAAACUUAGAAAUAUUAAAGAGUAAUAUGUUCAUGUAAAACUAGAACGCAGAAGAGAUAUUAGAAGAAAUUUAAGAUCUGAUGCAGCAAAGAGAUUUAGAAGUAAAUCAAAUCAAGGAAAGACUCGAUGAUGAAAAAAAGUUAUUUGCUUUGCAUGAAAAUAGUGGUGCGUAAUUAGAAGCUCAAAUCUCAAGCUUGAAAGAAGAAGUUUCAGAAAUCAACUAUUAGAACAGCUUUAAUAUCAAUGAAAUCACAAACUUAAAUCAAAGAGUAAUUGAGAUGAGAUCUCAGAGAGAAUUUCUAUUAAGUGAUAACUAAAAAUUACUUGAGGUAGACUAUGGGUUCACUCAGAGGGUAAAUGAAUAGAUUAGUGAGAUCCAGAAAUUAUCCUUAAUCGAGCAGGAAAUACUGGCUCACUUUUGUAAUGAAGAGUUUUUGAAUCAUUUAAGAGCUGAGACACCAUUCAAUAUAUUAGUCAUUAGAGAUAUGAAGGUUUAAGAGCAAUUGCAACUUCAAAUGUUAAAUAAUGGAUAUAGAAACAUAUUUCUUGGAGUGUACUAGCAAAGUCUUGAAGUUGACAAAGUUUACUGCGAUGAUGCUACUCAAUAGUUGUUUAUAGACUGGACUGAUAAUAUAUAAAUUGAGUAGAGCCUCUUGAAUAGCCUCAAGCCUUGCAUAGAUUUUAUAUGUAGACCUUACGAUGAAACUUUGUAGAAAAGCAAAAACGCCUCUAACAGAAAGUAACUGGUAUUUCUAAUAAACUAGGAAUAAGAAUAGUUCCUUGAAAUUUGCAGACUAUCUUUUGAAUAUUUGAACUAAAGAAAAGAAGUCGGUAAAUUUUACAUUUAAAACAGAAAAGAGGAACUUUAGUUUACUUAAUUGCAUGAAUUCUUUGAUGAGAUAGUGUGUUAAUUAAGUAAAAUUCAGCAGCCUAACUUUAUACUUGCCAGUUUUGAAACAUACGAUGAUGAGCUUGAACCUAUUCAUCUACAAAUUUUGAACAUAAUUACUUAAGAGGAUCAUCUAUUUGAAUACUUGCUUACUAAGAUGCAACUAUUAUCAGCUUAUCAACCUGGAUAGACAAGAGCUAAGUAUAAAUAACAAAGAAAGCAGCUUAUAUAAACGUAAGUUUAAAAUAUUGCAAGCGGGAGUGGAAACAAUGUCGUCUAGCAUAAUAGUAAAAAUGACAAAAGUAUUUUCCUUGAAAUGAAGUACCAAGAAUUCACACCUAUUAUUGAUCUUGUUUGUAAUGAGUAACCUAUCACAUUCCUGAUAACAAAUCUGGAUAGUAACUCUAAACUGCUUUUGGAAAAUUAGUAUAUGCAAGGAUUAUUGAAAUUUAUAAAGCAAUUCUCACAAAUUAAAGUUGCUUCAUCUAAAAGAGCAGUGAAAUAUUACUAACCAAAGAGUGAAUUAUGA